UAGCUGGGCAAAUCAGUUCAGGAUUUCUGAAAGCUACAUUUUCUCUCUCUAAAACCUUCAUUUUUAUUUUUUUCCUUCAUAUUUUUCAUUUAUAAUAAGCUCAUAAAAAUAAAUAAUUACAAGAAGAAGAAAGUAAAGAUCGAUAUCAGAUCAUUUGAAGAUAUGGGUAGUGGCUAUUUUGGGAUUCCUAAAAUGGGAAACUCGAAUGAUAAAUCGUCGUCAUCGUCUUCGUCGUCUAGGAAGAGUAAAAAGAAUGGCUCUGAGAAGCCUAAACAACCUCAAAGAGGUCUCGGGGUUGCGCAGUUGGAACAAAUCCGACUGCGCAGCCAGAUGGGUUGUAGCGGGUUUAACUCUUCCCCUACCCCGCCCACCUUUCAUCAGGACGAUGUGAGAUUGCAAGGACUACAAAGUUAUGGAGUACAACAAUCUUCGACAUCAUAUAAUAAUCCAUAUUAUUCACAAUCUUCUUCACCUUCAACUUCAUCAACUUCUUAUGCUCAUCAUCCUAACUUCAUGAUGGUAUUUGGAGAUCAUGAAAGGUCCAAUUUAAGAUACCAAGAUUCUCAGCCUAGUAGUGCACAAAGAUGGAACCCUAAUGGUAUACUAGAGAGCUCGACGUAUACACAAGCAGACGCGAUUCCUAGGCAUCGAAUUAGCUAUUAUGAGGACUCGAGGCAUCAAAGAAUUGAUUUCUUGAGAAAUAGCCAAAAUUCAGAAUCAAGUGAUCAGGAAGAAGUAGAUUUGGAGCUCAGGCUAUCACUCUAAUCAAUGAGAUGAUUUCCCGGAGGUUCCGGGAACUCGGGUUUAAUCGAUAACAGCCAGAAGUUGAAUCAAGAAGCUAAGAUGCAGUAUAUAUCUUGUUCAUCAACGGGGAAGAACACGUACAAGUAUUAUACAUAUAUAUCGAUCGAUAUUUGGAAGAUAAUUAACCUAUGAAGAUCGCUUAUUAGAGUCGAUGUAAUUAAUUAUAUUCUUCUGAUGUGCUUGUAUAUGCUUUGAUGCAUUACUAAUUAACAUCGAGAGGCAAAUCGAGUAGCAGAUUAAGUUAAUGGAAAAUAUAAUGUGAUUUUAGAUGGUAUACAAGACUAUUGUGUAUUUGCCUAGCUUAUUGGCAUUAUUGCAUAUAAUUAAGUGGGGAGCUAAACUAUAUAGUGUGUAUUCUAUUAUCCACAAAUUUUAGCUAUAUAUUUGCAACCCUAGCUUGUUGAUCAAUAUCUUGUCACAAAAAAAAAAAAAAAA